UUUGGCCGCAUACCUGGCAAAGUACAGUAGGGGCUUCAUUGCUUAUAAUUCAUGAUUGCAUCCAUAAAUCGUGCAAGCACACAGGAUUAUAGCGACAAAGAUCUACAAAUCGAGGCUUUAAAAAUCCAAGCAAAUGAGCUCCUACUUUGUAAACUCGUUCUCAGGGCGCUAUCCAAAUGGCUCCGACUAUCAGUUACUAAAUUAUGGGACUAACGGCGCUGUGAACGGCUCCUUCAGAGACCCUGGCACCAUGCAUUCCGGGUCUUUCGGCUACAACUACAAUGGAAUGGACCUAACCGUGAACCGCACCAACACCGGCAGCCACUUCCCGGCGGUGCGGGAGGAUGCGCGGGGGUUCGGCCAGGACGCCCGCUACAGACAGACGCCCAACAACUGCUCGCUGUCCUCCUCCCAGGAUCCGGUGCCGCAGCCGCCGCCGUCGUGCGCCACGGCCAGCCGGGAGCCGCUGGAACUAAAGAGCCCCUCUCCUCCCUCUGACCGGAGCGCGACCUCGGGCGGCAACAACCUGAACAAAAACACGAGUGCUCAUUUCACGGAGAUAGAGGACGCCACCGUCGCGUCCGAGACCGAGGAGGGCGCGCACAGCAGCGGCGGCGGAGCCAGCUCUGUUCCGCGGGCGCAGCAGCAGCAGCAGCAGCAGCACCAGGACCCCAACGCCACCUCCUCCACCCCUCAAUCAAACGAUUGCCAAUCGCCACAAAUAUUCCCCUGGAUGCGGAAGCUGCACAUAAGCCAUGAUAUGACUGGACCAGACGGGAAAAGGGCCCGAACCGCGUACACCCGGUACCAGACGCUAGAGCUGGAGAAAGAGUUUCACUUCAAUAGGUACCUCACCAGACGGCGGAGGAUAGAGAUAGCCCACGCCCUGUGUCUUUCCGAAAGACAGAUCAAAAUCUGGUUUCAGAACCGCAGGAUGAAGUGGAAGAAGGACAAUAAACUGAAAAGCAUGAGCCUGGUGACGGGAGGCAGCGCCUUCCACAACUGAAUAACUUUUUUUUUUUGUUGUUGUUUUUGUUGUUGGGGUGGAAUUAAAAAAAAAGAAUAAUAGUAAAGAAAAGAAUAAAAAAGAAUCAAUGAGUACUGUAAAGCUAUGAGAAAAAAGCGCAGCACCUUUCCUUCCUUCCUUCCAGCAUGCUAUUGUGAUAGAAAAAGAAGUAUUCUGUGGUGUUAAGAAGUUUUUAGUUCCUGUUGUUGUUCUAUGAUAGCUUCUAGAUGUCCUGUUUGGAGAAGAAGAAAAAAAAAGAUGUAAAUAUGAACUGGGGAGGGGGGGGGGUAAUUAAUUGUCUUUUGUUGCUCUCUCUCUCUCUGUCUCUCUUGAAGGUGUUUCAACUUUGAGCUCUUUAUUGUGACUUCUUCACGGUCUAACAGGAGUAAAUCCAUUGUACAGUUAUAGUAAAAAAAAAAAAAAAAAAAGAUUUCCAAACCAUAUGCUGCUCUUCAUUGAAUGUAAACCUUAUUAUUAUUAUUAUUAUUAAUGUACUCCGGGGCCAUUUCAAAAAAACGCUUUAGUGUAACUUUUGAUGCUAUUUUUGAUCUUGUGGCCAGAUCCAUAUCCAAAACUUUUCAUAAACAAGCCAGUUGUUGUAGCUCUAUAGGAUAUUUUGUGCAUCUGUUAUUCCUGAUUAUUAUUAUUAUUAUUAUUGUUUAGGGUCUAAUUAUGAGCAAUGCAAAAUGUAUUCAACCUGUCAAUGUGAUCAAUUUUUAGUGCAAAGGGUUAUUCUGUGCAUUAGGCAGUGAUGUAAGCUUUUUUCGCCAAUAAGCUUUUUGUAUUUGUAAGUGAACUCAUAGCGCUUGGAAAAUAAAGUUUCUCUCAAUUGC